AUGCCCGAAAUUUUCUCGCCUGCGACCGAUCGGCAGAAGCGAGGCAAGCGCGCGCGCAUACGCUGGUUUCUCGCACUCACGCUGCACCGAAAUCCCAACCUCGUCGCGCUACGCAAGCGCCACCUGGGGGAGUUGCGCUACCGAUGCGCCAUGGAGGAAGCGAUGAACAUGUGUCUCAUGGUUGGUAACUCGAUAGCUAUCUGCAUUACAUUCCUCAUGAUGUUGCAUUUCCUUGCUUCCUAUCGCAACGACCUGCUCCAGCUCUACAGGGGGCGCUACAAUCACCUAGCCAAGCUAAACAACGUCUCCUUCAUGGCGGCGAGUUUGAGAGUAAAUGGCUACCAGGUGGCGUACGGUACAUGGGGCUUUGCGAUACAGUCCUUCCUGAUCGGUGUAACUCUGUUCCUACUCUGUGAGAUUGUCAUAUUUGUAAAGAACUACGGCACGGGACUGUUCCUGCUGAAGACGAUGGGAAAUGUCGGGUAA